AUUUUCUCAAGCCUGUUAUAUUAUCACAUCUGUUACCAUUUUAAUACAAUGAAAUGUAGAUAUGUGUACAUUUCAUGUUUAGGUUAUGGUUAUUUUUAAUUUUAUAUUUGUAUCCUGGUACUUGUACAGCAAAGAAAGGCAUUCCGUGUGGUGGUCCAGAUGGUGGUAAUAAUGCAGAGGUAGCAAAAGAUGAGAUCAAUGUUAGGGGCAAAACGGAACAACACUCCCAGUGUCAUCAUUUGGGCCUGGACCUCCAGGGAGAUCGCGCAAUGGCGUUACUGGUAUGGCGCCCAGGCAACUUCGCGCGGAGCUAACAAAUUAAAAGGAGGAAGAUGAGUAUGAUGAAAAAGGUAUGUUGCCAGUAAAGGACGCCGAAUUAGGAUUCUCCCUAUUUGUAACCGUCCACAACGUAGGGCAGGGCCCAGUCCAAAUUAUGACGCGGCCGGUCCAGUGCUGUGAGGUGAUAACAUCAUCCGUCACCGAUUGCAAGUCGAUUAAGCUUAUGGGAGGUUUCAUGGGAACGUUAAAAGCAGGCAUGUAUAUUAACGCUUCGUGGACUUAUCCUACUCUGUACGAAUACAACCGACGGGGGGAGUGCGUGCUGGAUCUUUGGUGGAGGGACAGUUACAACAGGACAGACAGCAAAAGAUUCACGAUUCCUUUCGACACCUACAUCGUGCACGAAAUACCAUGGUACAUGAAAGAUAGCUACAAGAAAGCCAACCAACUGCUGAACAAGAGGUGCGACUCCCCCGAUCUGGACGUGCUCGACAAUUGCCUUCCGGUGGACUGCCACAUGAAGUACGACGGUACCAAGAACUACUUCAGCUGGAGCGAGCUUCUCUGCGUUCCCACUCCGACCUGCUACUCGGAUCCUGAGAAAGAACUUCCUGACGUAGGUUACUCACCGUAUUGUAACCUGUGCACCGAUUUGGAGUCCCCGGUUGGAGAAGAAGACAUGGGAUUUCUGCUGAGACCCACGGUCAAUAUGGACGUUUUCGAGACGAUGGCGAGGAAAAAGGUGGUGGAAUACCACACCCUCCGCUGCCACCACGGCUACAUGGAUCCGGAGCUAGCUUGGUGUGUCUGCGACCCAGCGUGGUCCUCGGCGGAAGUACCAGAAGACUACUCCACUCAGAGGACGCUCUUCACGCACAUGUGUACCAUCUUCAACGAAGAAACCAUAUACGACACCCUCUACCAGUUUGCUUAUAUCACCAUGGAUGUCAUGAACAGGGAGAGUUUCUACUUGAUAGAGAUUGCAUUAGUUAUUGCCAUAUUGAUGGUGAUUUUAGCCUGCUGGCUGGAGUUCUGCUGCAUGAAGCAGUCGUCUGUCACUUCGCUUGCGCCUCCAAAAGACAUAUGCGAGGACAUGGACGAUGAGGACAGCCUAUACGAGAGUGACGGUACUGAAAUAAUAUGCACAUCAUCGGAUGAGGAAAACUACUCGGAGAAUAUCAGCGAUUUCCAUUAUACCGAAUCGUCUUCUGUUCGUUCUUUGCUUCCUAGCUCGAGACGUGUCACCUGGGGCAACUCGAACUGGGCUGACAAGGAUACAUGGCAAUUGAGUCCUCAAAAUGUCGAAGUGCUUUACCCGGCGAAGUCAUGCCUCAAGAGGCCUAGCUCUACCGUGGUCGAUUCCAAAUCCAGUUCAAAAGGAUCCGUUUCCAGCUCCACCGAUAAACAUAAGAUGUUCGAAAUGCACUUCAGGCUACUGGUAUCAUUGCUGUUGAGAAGGCAACCUUGCGCGGAUGCUCGCGAACAUCUAGAUUGGAUAUUUCAGAACUGUCCCGCUUAUCAGAGGCGCUUGGUCAUCAAGUUUAUGAAAUCGUUCGGGAUGGAUGUGGACAAAGAUGGCAAUCUAAGGGGAUUUCGCCCACGAAGUAACUUCCUCCAGGGCCGUUCCGGCGGUCGAAAAAAACAUUACAAGAGGAGCUGUCGUUUGAGACCGAAGAAGACAUCUAAAGUUUACCAAUUCCGCCAGGAAAAAAGUUGGUACGACGAAGAAUCGGCACUAAAACCUAGUUAUGACGGAAGUAGAGGGGAACCUGAAGGUUCGUCGGACAUCGACAGAAAUAUGUCAAUCUCACCUGACUACAAAGAUAUCCUACAGUCUGUCCUACCCAAAUGUCUUCCGAAGUCACCGCCUCCAGAUGUUCAAGUUCAACCGCUACAAGAUUCUGACCAGGAGACGGAAGAACAAGAUCAGUUACCAGAAUGUAGUCCCCCCAGUAAUAAAUCAUCACAACUAGACAUUAGUUCGAAAGAGGUCUGUUCGAUAUUGAAGAAAGCAUCAAUGAUGCAGUGUUUGGCUCUAAGGCACAAGACUCCGUCUAUGACUUCAGGUAUACUUUCAUAUGUCAAAUACCUCAAAAAUAUCGAAAACAUAAGAAGGAGUUAUUCGAGCUUCAUUGAAGAAAUACCAAGACCUAUGAGCUGUUCUUCAAUUUACGAAUCCGGUUUGUGUACCAGAAAGACUGCCGUGGAUCUUAUUCAUGAUUUGAUUACGGAACGCGUAAUGCGAAAACUGACGUCGUUGGAGGCACGAUAUCGAGACAUUUUAUCCAAUGAGAGUCAAUGGGAACUUGAGGGAUUAGUUACGCAGAACAUUACUGGGUUAGUUCAGAAGCGGAGUUCAGAACAUAGUUCACUGGAUGAAAAGAAAACAUUCGUAAAGUUUUUCAUGAAUCUGGUACACUUUCUAUUCUUGAUGUCUUGCAAGAGGGAAACGAUGAAGAAGAUAAUGACGACAUUCGGCUGCAGGAGACACAGGGCAGAGAUGAGGUUUCAUCCUCAAAUAUGCCUGUUCCUCUGCUACCUCCAACCUAUUCUGAUCAGGUUCUGGAAGAUCGUCGAAGUCGAAAGGCUGCUCCUGGAGUACUUCGUAAUAGAAUAUCCUCAGCACACCUGCCUCAGUUUCUUAACCAACUUGAAGAAAACCACGAAGUUCAGGAUUUGCCUCUACCUCCACAUGUACAAGAUAUUAGCAAUGAUCACUAGAAUGGAAGGGGUUGUGGAGCCGAACAGGAGAAAGUUCUUGAGGCACAUCAACAUCUUGGAGAGGGAUCUUGCCCGGUUCUUCAAGGACAUGGAAAAGUUCCAAGGCAUGCAAACAGGAGUGAAGCCAUCGUAUAGGCUAGCAACUGGAUUGCUGAGUAUUCUAGAAGUACUACAUUAUUUUAUGGUGCAGUCCUUGUAUAAAAUGUGUAUCAUUCAUGCGGACAAGGCGGAUCCGUAGGCGAAGACGGCCUGAAGUCGAAGAGGUGACGAUAUGGCAGUCUGGAGAAAUUCGAGGAUUGCUGAGAAAAGAAACUGAACAUGGGGUCUGGAAAAAACCAAAACCCUAAUCGAUAUAAAUAAUAAACAGGCUUUAUUAACC